UCACCAUAACUUCUCUGCAUUUAUUUUCCUUCAAUUAGCUUCUAAAUUAGUAACAAUGGCUCAUUCUCAAAGAAUGUCAGUAGUGUCUUCUUUACUGCUCAUUAUUGCUCUGUGUUUUAGCUUAUCCGAAGCUAAAGAUAUACUAAUUGGUGGCAAAUCAGACGCAUGGAAAGUCCCAUCUUCUGAAGCUGAUUCUCUCAACAAAUGGGCUGAAAGUUCUCGUUUUCGCAUUGAUGAUUCUCUUGUGUGGAAGUACGACGGCCAAAAAGACUCAGUCUUGGAGGUGAGUAAGGAGGAUUAUCUGAGCUGCAAUGUCUCGAACCCUAUUGCAGAGUACAAAAAUGGGAACACCAAGGUGAAGCUUGAGAGAGCUGGGCCGUACUAUUUCAUCAGUGGAGCUGAGGGUCACUGUGUUAAAGGGCAGAAGAUGAUUGUGACUGUUUUGUCCCCACGGCACAGGAGGUUUACUGGUAUUGCUCCGGCGCCUUCACCGGCUGAAAUUGAUGGGCCUGCUGUUCCUCCGACGAGCGCUGCUGCUAGCUUGAGGUUUAAGGACAGCUUGGUGGUGGUGUUUUCGGGGGUUUUGUUUUGGGGUUUGUUUUGAGGAGUGGAUGGUUGGUUAGCUUUAGAUUUUGAAUUAUGAUUGUGAAGGAAAUUUGUGUUUUCCUUUUCAGUUCAAUUUCUUUAUUCAUUUCUUUAUAUGAGUUUGAUGUAGAGAUGUUUUCAGUAAUUUUAUAAAAAUUUUAUUAUCUUC